AGCUAUUGUUGAUGAUAUUAUUUUAUAAUUUUCAAGUGUUAUCUCCUUUCGUGUAUUUGUAAUUUGAGAAUAAGCGUCAUAAUCAUUCGAGUAUAUGCAAUUUAGCAAGAUAAAAUUAGGUGGGCUUAGUUAGUUACCAUGAGUAAUUACGAGGGCAACAUCAUCCAAAAGGAGGAGAAUUAUAUUUGACUCUGGUCGCAUAACAAAAUAUUUACUAAUAUAUUUUGGAGCAUCCGUCAUCUGAUAAAUGACUAGUUGAUGAUAUUCUGUUUACUUUCAGGUGUUCACUAAUUUCGUAUAUUUGUCAUUUGAGAAUAGGUGUUAUAAUAUAGCCUUGAUUGCAUGCCAUUUAUCAGGGUAGAUGGACGGUCCCAGAAUAUCAAAAGAGGGUUAUCUUUUAGAGAGGUGUGUGUUUAGUAACUAUGAACUUGCUCACUUGAUUGCAUUAAAAAAUGACUUGAGUUGAGAGGUUAGUUUGAUGAUGAGGAACAAAAGUUUAGGGACUAAACUUGUCGAGAAAAAAGUUCAGGGACAAAAAGGUUAUUAUAAUAACACUUGUAUCUCUUAACAAGCAAUGGCCCAAUCCAAGUUGGCAAUAGCCCAAUUCCACUCCAGCUCGAAAUUGACGCCUUAUAAGGGCUUACGGCCCGCUGUUGUGAACUGAAUAUGGGCCACACAUUCUGGCUUCCUGGGAGGUUUCAUUUUACCACGCUCCUUAUGGAUUCAUGAUCAUCCAUCUUGCCGCAAGAUUCUUGCACGUUCAUCGAAUUCAGGUUAUUGCCCGUUCGUUAAUGGAGUCUCUCCGAACUCGCGAAUCUACCGGCGACGGCGGGGACGGAGAAGACGAUCUUCAGCUGCUUGAGCGAGAACUGGAUCGCACCCGAGCUUCGAUUCAGAUGCUGAAUGUUAGCUUGAAUGAACAGAAUCGGAGAAAGGCUGAUGUUCUGAGCGAAUCGCAGAAGUUGCGAGAGAGAAUUGAUGGUUCUGGUUGUAAUGCAACCGUUGAUAAACUGAUUCCGAUUCUCGAAUCAUUGAAGAGCUUAGAGAAUGAAGAAUGUGUGCUACGAGCUGAUUAUGAUGCGAGACGUGCUGGAUUAGAAGCCGAGGUUUGCGAAUUGGAGGACAAGGUGGAAUCUGGUUCUCACAGUGAGAGCCUGGAUAGUUUGCUGGAAAUGUCAUUGGAGAAAUUAGAUUCAGCAAAGAAGGAACUGGCAGGUAGACUGAGGGCCGUACUGUUAGUGAAGCGUCAGAUUGAUGAUGUGGCGACUCAAGCAGAAGUUAUCCAGUAUGAUCGUAGACUUUCUGAACUCAAUGCUUAUAUCCAGGAGAAGCACCAACAAACCCGUAAAUACUAUGAUACCUAUAAUGCUCUGUUGGAGAUUAAAGACUUGAUGCUAAAAGAAACUUCCUUAUUGAACUCAAUAAAUUCCCAGUUCCAGGAUGCAAUUACUAGUGCUGACGGUCGCAUCAAACUCAUAGCUUCAAUGGAGGGAAUUGUGAAGAACAGUCAACAGAAGCUACGAAAGUUGGAGAAUGGACUUGAUGAGGAGCAGAUGACUCUCAGCAAUCUCAAGAAGAAGUAUGCUGCUGCAAUGUCGGAGCAAAGGCAUUGCUAUUCUCUGUUGAAAGCAUUUCAGGAGGAAUGUUCAAAGAAUGAGAGGCUCCGAGGUCAAUCUGCAGCUUAGGAAACCCAGCGCGUUACGGAAAAAGAUAUAUGUAUGUCCGAUUAAGAUUCUUUUCUAUGUAAUCACAGAACAUGAUGGGUGUCUUGUUCAUGCAGCUGAAACCUAUGGUUGGAUUUCUUGUAACUGCAAGUUAUCGUCGUCCUCCUUGUUUGCUUUCUCCGUCCCAUCGUUGAAUAAAUUCGGGUCCUCGGAACACUCCAAUUUAAUUAAUCUUUCGCUAUUGAAUAGUUACAGCUAAUUAAACAAUUCAGAAUGAGGUGGCAUGAUCUUUUACUUUGUAAAGAAUACUACCAAUAGAUUGCGACUUGAGGU